AUGAGUGGGGGCCGCUUUGACUUUGAUGAUGGCGGGGCGUACUGCGGGGGCUGGGAGGGGGGGAAGGCCCACGGACAUGGACUGUGCACGGGCCCCAAGGGCCAGGGCGAAUACUCAGGCUCCUGGAACUUUGGCUUCGAAGUGGCGGGCGUCUACACCUGGCCCAGCGGGAACACCUUCGAGGGAUACUGGAGCCAGGGCAAACGGCAUGGGCUGGGCAUAGAGACCAAGGGACGCUGGCUCUACAAGGGCGAGUGGACGCACGGCUUCAAGGGCCGCUACGGAACCCGGCAGAGCAGCAGCAGCGGUGCCAAGUAUGAGGGCACCUGGAACAACGGGCUGCAGGAUGGCUACGGCACAGAGACCUAUGCAGACGGAGGGACCUACCAGGGCCAGUUCACCAACGGCAUGCGCCACGGCUACGGCGUGCGCCAGAGCGUGCCCUACGGGAUGGCCGUGGUGGUGCGCUCGCCACUGCGCACGUCGCUCUCGUCCCUGCGCAGCGAGCACAGCAACGGCACGGUGGCCCCGGACUCGCCCGCCUCGCCCGCCCCCGACGGCCCGACGCCGCCCCCGGCCGCCAUCCCGCGCGGCGGCUUCGCGCUCAGCCUGCUGGCCAACGCCGAGGCGGCGCGGGCGCCCAAGGGCGGCGGCCUCUUCCAGCGGGGCGCGCUGCUGGGCCGGCUGAGGCGCGCCGAGUCGCGCACGUCGCUGGGCAGCCAGCGCAGCCGCGUCAGCUUCCUCAAGAGCGACCUCAGCUCCGGCGCCAGCGACGCCGCGUCCACCGCCAGCCUGGGCGAGGGCGCCGAGGGCGCCGACGAGGCCGCGCCUUUCGAGGCCGACAUCGACGCCACCACCACCGAGACCUACAUGGGCGAGUGGAAGAACGACAAGCGCUCGGGCUUCGGCGUGAGCGAACGCUCCAGCGGCCUCCGCUACGAGGGCGAGUGGCUGGACAACCUGCGCCACGGCUACGGCUGCACCACGCUGCCCGACGGCCACCGCGAGGAGGGCAAGUACCGCCACAACGUGCUGGUCAAGGGCACCAAGCGCCGCGUGCUGCCGCUCAAGAGCAGCAAGGUCCGCCAGAAGGUGGAGCACAGCGUGGAGGGCGCGCAGCGCGCCGCCGCCAUCGCGCGCCAGAAGGCUGAGAUCGCCGCCUCCAGGACGAGCCACGCCAAGGCCAAAGCUGAGGCAGCGGAACAAGCCGCCGUGGCUGCCAACCAGGAGUCCAACAUUGCCCGCACUCUGGCCAGGGAGCUGGCCCCAGACUUCUACCAGCCAGGUCCGGAGUAUCAGAAGCGCCGGCUGCUGCAGGAGAUCCUGGAGAACUCGGAGAGCCUGCUCGAGCCCCCGGAGCGGGGCCCAGGGGCCGCGGGCGCCCCGCAGCGGACGCGCGAGAGCCCGCAGCUGCACGAGCACGAGCCCCCCGGGCUCGAGGGAGGCCCCCCGUCGCCCACCGGGACGCCCCCGCAGCCCAAGCGCCCCCGUCCGGGGGCCACCAAGGACCGCCCGGCGAGCCCGGGCGCCUGGAACGGGGAGCCGGGCGCCGAGGGCAGCGGGCCGCUCACGCCGUCCGAGGGUGCGGGCAGCCGCAGCCCCGCGCGGCCGGCCACCGAGCACAUGCCCAUCGAGGCUCUGCAGCCGCCGCCCGCGCCGUCGCAUGAGCCCGAGGUGGCGCUGUACCGGGGCUACCACAGCUACGCCGUGCGCACCGCGCCGCCCGCGCCGCCGCCCUUCGAGGACGAGCCCGAGGCCUCCGGGCCCGACUCCGCGCCGCCGUCGCCGGUCGCCGCCCCAGUGCGGGCCCCAGAGCCCGCGCCCAACUCCCCCGCCAAGCUGGAGCCCAAGCCCAUCGUCCCCAAAGCCGAGCUCAAGGCCAAGGCCCGCAAGACCGAGGCCCGAGGGCUGACCAAGGCGGGGGCCAAGAAGAAGGCUCGGAAGGAGGCGGCGCAGGCAGCGGAGGCGGAGGUGGAGGUGGAGGAGGUCCCCAACACUGUCCUCAUCUGCAUGGUGAUCCUGCUUAACAUCGGCCUGGCCAUCCUCUUCGUUCACCUCCUGACCUGACCCUUGUCUACCAGAGGAGUUCCUGCUGAGGAUGCGAGGACCCGUCUUUGUGCAGUGCCCGGCAGGGAGGCCAGGAGGACUGAACCCUGGCCCGGGAGCCCCGGGAUCCAGCUCGCAGCCGCACCACAUGCGUUCGCGGAGGCCGCGGUGGCGCUGUGCGGGGCGGCAGUGGGGCCCAGAGCAAGGGAACGUGCAGGGGGCCCUCCGGGAGCGCUGUGCGGUGGUGGGGGGGCCUCGAAGGAAGAGCCCCGUCCCUUGUGCGCUCCUGUCCCUCAUCCUCAUCCAUUCCCUCGCCUUGCUGCCAGGUCCCCGUUCCCUGAGCUUUUGUGUGUUUCGGGAGAAGUCACUGAUCCAGGACAGUAACACUAACUCCCAGCCGCUUUCCUUCCACCCCAGCCCUGCUUUGUUUUAACUUCCGGCGGAUCCCUGUGGUGGGCGAGCAAGGGAGCCGCCGGCAGGCAGAGGCCCUGCCUUCCGUGGUCUCCGCGCAGCACACACUGUGUCCCUUGCUAACAGAUGUUCUGGAUGACAGCAGAGGAAACAGACACACCCGGAGCGGUGUCCCCGGAUACAGUGCUCCUGUCUCCUCCCCGUGGUCCAGCCGGCCUCCCUUCCUGCCCUGUCGA